AAAACACCGCCAAUCUCGUCUUUGCAAAAAGAUAAUCUAUAAACCCCCGCCAAACUGCUGCAACCAGUUACUAAAUCAUCUAUCGGCUGAUAAAGAUAAUGUGAGAGGUUGUGUGUUAGGAGAGGAAAUUUAAAAACAUCCACAAAUAAAGAAAAACAGCUUUGGUGAGCGAGUUGCUUUUUCACCUCGAGUUGUUAAGCGGAGAUUAAGCGGUUCCGGUGGUGAAUUAGAAAGUUGAACUGUGUGAAUUAAGAGGAAUCGCUUGAUCCUUAGAAGAAAAGUGAGGGAGUUUUAAAGAAAAAGAUUAUUGCUUGAUUUUUAACCCUUGAUUGCUUUUUCGUUUGUUUCCUUGGUACAUUUAAUAUGUCUGGAGUGUGGUUUGUUGUGAGUAUUCCGACCGAGUCUUUUGAGAGGAAGUUGAGACACCCAGAAGAUUUGAGAAAGGAGAAACCCCAAGAAAAUAAUCGACCAAAUGGUUUAAUUCAAGCUGACAUACACAAUGAAGAAAAUAAUUAUCGGAACAAUAAAAAUAGUUCAAAUUCCCCGCCGGAAAAAAAAGAAAGAAAAUAUGAUGAUGAUGAUGACGAAAAAUGUCUUGAAUGGCAUUUGAAGGAUUGCCUAGAAAAAUUGGCAAUUUACGAUGCAGUAUGGAUAUUAUCAAAAGAUCAAACAUUCCAUCAGAUAUUCUUUCCUUGUGAAGGACCUGGUAUGGAAUGUGAUUUUGUUCUUCAGACCAUAAAAGAACGUGGAAUAGGUGAAAAAGGACUCUCAACUAUUGGAAUUAUGCCCUGUGAUGUUUUUUAUCGUGAUUAUGGUGAUGGUGAAGAUGACCAAGGAGAAGAUUCUGAAAAAGAAAAAGACGAUCAAUUACAAGAAAAGAAGGGAAAAGGUUUUAAAGCAAUGCAAAAAGAGUUUCUUAAAUCUGUCACCGCAAGAUUAACAGUUGCACAAGUCGUCGAGCGAGUCAGAAGUGAUGGAUCUUUGUCAUUUGAUUUCAUUAUGUUUGUUUUCAUCGCAAGUUGCAUAGCAGCUCUUGGUCUUAGUGAGAACAGUGCAAUUAUCAUCGUAGCAGCUAUGUUAAUAUCACCUAUUAUGGGCCCUAUUAUGGCUUUCACAUUUGGUAUAACUAUUCGAGACAAGAAGCUGAUAAAAAUGGCUCUAAGAACAGAACUCAUAGGACUUACAACUUGUUUGAUUUCAGGUUUUCUAUUUGGUUUCAUUUGUGGAAAUUUCAGUGAAACUUGGGGAGCUGGAAAAUGGCCUACUCCUGAAAUGGCAGGAAGAGGUGCGUUGAGGAGUUUGUGGGCUGGCUGCUUGAUUGCACUUCCUUCAGGAGCUGGAGUUGCUAUGUCGGUUCUAGGAGGAAAUGGAUCUUCUUUAGUAGGGGUCGCAAUCUCAGCCUCACUUCUGCCACCAACAGUCAACUGUGGUAUAUUAUGGGGAUUAGGUGCCAUAAAAACUGUAAGGAGCUUAUACCAGAAUACGUUGGUUGUGUAUGACAUUUAUAACCAUACUGUGAAGCCAGCCUUACUGCCUCCAGAUACGUACACCCCACAGUAUUUUCCCCUCAUGGAUAAAGAAUGUGCUGUUUUAGGAAUUGUCAGCUUCUUACUCACCAUACUUAACAUCAUUUGUAUUGUCAUCGCCGCUUUGAUCAUCUUAAAGAUCAAAGAAGUAGCACCAAAUACUGCAGAUCAAGCUGUUUCCCGUUUCUGGAAGCACGAUGUGAAGGUUGCCAGAGAUUACAAUAAAACUUUAGGUGAAAAUGAAGGUGAAGAUCUUGGGAAACAAUUUUUGCAAGAAUGGGCGAAUUUGAAUGGAAUUGAUCCAAACACAUUGAAUGAUGAUUCAGAAGAAAGUCGCCUUACAAAACUACAAACGUUGAUGGAUAUUGUUGAGGAUGCGGCAGAUGAUGAAGUAUUCCGAUCUAUAUCUAUGAAUGUUCCAGCACCUGCUGCUGAUAGUGUAACUAGAAGACUGAGUAUUGCUCCAGGAAUGACGUUAGGUGACGCAGCAGGUCCACUUAGAAGAGCUAGUUUAGCACCCGGUGGCAUGAGGGCUAGCCAGAUGAAGAAACGAAGACAGAGCAGAUUACCAAGUCUAAUGGAUGCAGUGGCUGAAGACGAAGGCGAAGAUAAAAGAACCCCCAUUCCGAGAAAGAGCCUUGUCUAUAACAAACCUCUCCAAAAUCCCGAAAACCCCUAUUCCAUGUGGCCGUCCAGGACUCGCAUUCAAGAAAUGACCAGGUUUAAUGUAUCCCCGGUUACCGGGGACGGCGUUACCCCCCUUCCCAAUAUAAGAGGUCCCAGAGGUCCAAGAAGGAAAAGUUGCUUUCCUGCCCAAGUGAGCCAAAGAACCCAUGCUCCAUCCCUACAGAAGCAAUCCUCCGGGGACAAGACAGAGACUACUGCUAUGUGAGACUACCAGAGACCAUUUGUGAAGAAGACGACUUUUUUUUUUCUUUUUUUGAAUCUGCUUUUCGGCAUUUUUUGAAUCACUGAUGCAUGUCUAUCUCAUUGUUUCGAUAUUAACAAAUAUGACGAAAUAAUGAGGCCAAUUUUGUAAAGUAAGAAUGUCGAGCAUUCUAACGAACAAGUACUGUGAUUUUGUAUUAUUUAGUCAUAUCAUUUUGUCGGAAAUUGAAGUACAUAUUUCAUUAAAAAAAUAUUCAAAAUUUACACCCGAUUUAUUGAUGCUUCUUUGCAACACUAUCAAAAGCAGUAGGAUUACUUGUAAGUGAUUUGUUUAAAUAAAUUUUAUUUUAAAUUAACCACUAGAUAAUUUGCCGUGCAAAUUUUGAUUUUUCAAUGUAGUAAUUUGCAAUUGUCGUUUACAAUUCAGUAGCAAUAACCAUGAGUAC